AAGUAGCGAAAGAGGCCAUCUGUUUCCACGCGUUGUCAAGAAAAGGUGUGCCGAGUAGAAGACAAGAUGGGAAGGGAUGUCCUUCCCAUGGUUAACAUUUCGACCGUGUCCAGUUUUGCAGCGGCAAGACCAGUUUUGGAAUCUCCAGUGUUUUGAGAUCAAAGGAAAUGCAUCCUAAAAACCGUUACAACGUUGGGUAACAUAAUAUCCCCGUUGAUCGCCAUUUCACAAGCGCCGGAUAACAGUUUCGCUUGCUCAGACGCUUGUCGCCUUGUGGAACUUAUGAGCCUGAUUUUAGGUUUUGGAAUUGCAAAUUGAUCUAGCUGCUCAAGCACAAAACCCAACCCGAAAUCCCCCAGCAGUAGUGGGUAAAUGAAUGAUGCAACAAGUACAAUGCGGUGGAAAAUCGAUUUCCGUUGCUGUUGAAAGGUUUCAGGCUUGUGAAGACUCAGUCCGCAAAUUGCUUCAGUGCAACUGUUGCUGAACUGCGUGAAUGUUUAUUCCAACUGGGCUGCCUUGUGCCUUAUAUUUCCUGUGCUUAGUUAGAACAGUUCAAACAUGUUUCGAUCAACCGAAAAUUGUAGUGGAAAAUCAUUCAAAGCAUUCGAGAUGGUUGUUGCGACGGCGAUUGUAAUACUUCUAUUGCAAUUCGUACCUACCUCCAACAUCCCAGACUCUUACGCUGUGCAAUGUCGGCAGACUUAUCCGGAUAUAAAACAUUCAACCCUGUACGAGUUUGUGAUGAUGUCCGGUUCGGCAAAUAAGUGGAUGAAGUUCGUCACUUUCGUUGCGACGGACCACAGGCCGGUAGGGAUUGGAAAAACGUACAAAGUCGUUAUAGAUUCGAACAUAUUUGUGUUUGCAGUCGUUGAACAUCAGCAAGGACAGUAUCUGGCACUGCAAAAUACUAAUAAAUAUGACCUUCUAAACCUACGUGUGGAGAUACGCUUUACCGACGUCUUGUGUGUGCCUGGACAGUAUCUAUUUCCACUGGGAACUUCAGGUCCAGCAGAAAGUACGUCUAGAAACAUUUCAUCGGAAAUGCCUCACCAUAGUCAUCUGUCCACUGGGCGACGCGGGAGUGAGUUGAGCUUGAAACUUUAUUCCCUGCAUGACUCCUUCCUGUUUCAGGUGAUUACCAUCAUCACUCUUGGCGGUUAUCAGGAAGAAAUAAUUUAUAAGAAUGUUGAUCUAUACUCGUUCGCAGAACACCAUCGGAGCAAUAUUUCGAUACUAUUUGAGCCGGCGUCUCGACCAUGGUCUGACCAAUCUGGCACACAUUUUACCGCAUGUAUCAUAAGACAAAACCGGUAAAAAAGUGUUUAAGCGUUUAUGUAUAUUUCUCGGUUCAAUAAAUGGCUCGAUCGGUAUCUGCUUAUUAG